AUGGAGGGCUUCGAUACCAUGGCUAUGCCGCCUUAUCUGGCGAGCCCGCUCUCCCUCGGCAAUCUCCAGGGCUCCGACUAUCUGAAUGCCAUGCCGGGCCUUGACCUCCCCGAUCAUCGUUCCAACUUCGACUCCGAAACUUUUGUCAGCGACGAUCUCUCCUUUCAUCCAAAUGGACUGCCGCAGUCCUUAAAACGCUUUCCCUCGGGAUAUGACGACCCUUUCACCGAUAUGGUCGCCCCGUUCGACCCAGUCCCACCAGAACAACCACCCCAGGACUCCUCGAUUGACCACAAUAAUAAAUUGCUGAGCUUCUCACUGCCAGCAUAUCACUUCACCUUGCUCGAUUACUCCAUGCGACGAACUUCAUUAUCAGUAUCUGCCCAGUUGCAUGGAAUGUUCUUCUUGGCCGAAUCGCCCUAUACCACAUCGCCCUCGGACAAUGCUCCGCCGCAGCAGGGCGCCGAGCUGACCUGCUAUCGUCGCAACUUAUUCCAGAUCACCGGAUCCGUCACAUUACCCCGAGGCAUGCGCUACAUAAUGACCGACAACGGCGACCGUAUCCCAAUAUUAGCUCAAGAACUCACUGUGUCAGCCACGGAAUCAGUGGAGGGGAACCCGGUGAAGAUCAUUUCAGUGCCAUGGAAAACUCCCUCGGCUGCCGCGGCUAACGCCAGCUCUGCCAUCGAUGACCACAGUAACGGCGGUGCCAUCAAAAUCGAGAAGGAACCCACGCCAAUCCCAUUGGAUAUUAUGGCGGGCCAGGAUCUCGAUACGGACUAUGCCACUUUCCCCAUUGCCUGGAAGCGUCUGCAGUUUCGUGUAGCCACCGCUAAUAAUGGUCGCCGAAAGGAGCUCCAGCAACAUUUUGUUGUCCGUUUGAAAGUGGUUGCCACUCUGUCCACGGGGGCCAAAAUCUCUAUAUCGGAAGUCCAGUCGGGUCCCGUCAUUGUUCGUGGUCGUAGCCCGCGCAACUUCCAGUCUCGAAAGGACCUUCCCCUCAGUGGUAGUGCUGCAGCCUCUCGAAAGAAUCAGGCCAACUCAGCUGCGCUGAAUCGCACUCCAACCAGCGAGUCGGUCCCUCGUCGUGCCAGCGUGACUCCAGCUAAAAAUAAAGCCCCAUCAGCUACUGUUCAGAGCAGCUCACCCGAAACUACAUCCGUGCCACCUCCCAGCAUCAUACAACAACCUCAGGCCCCACCUGAUUGGACCCCUAUGCCUCACGCCGCAUCUAACAACGUAAUGUCUCACCACCAGCCUCUCUAUCCUCAUUCCAGCGAGCAACUCUCACAGGCUGUCGAUCAACAACGCAGGGUCAGCAGUACGACAGCUGCCUCAGCUGCGCCUAUUAAUUUGUCUCUUUUGGACGCAGAGGACGGUGGCGAUACAAGCCUCCAACUAGACCAAAAGAUGAUGACAUCUUACGCCAACGAAAUCCCUCAACAACAUUCAGUGAACCUCGACCAUUCUGCUCCACCAGCCAAGAUGCGCAAAAUCUCCCACAACAUUUCUCAGACCCCGUCUCGCAGUGCCACUUCAUCUAUUCCACUCCUGGAGACUGCCAAUCUACCUCAGCAGUUUGUAUCAUCACUACCCUUUCCAAAUGAGAGUACCGAUUUCCUAUAUGAGUACUUUCCACUAGGGUUGGAUGAUUGGCAAGCACCGGUAGACGCUGUCUAUCGUCCGCAUGUGGUGCAUCAUACCAACAUGCCUGAGAUGAAGUUUGUGGCAUCUAGAGGGCGCAGCAAACGUUAUUUUGCGGCAGAAGAUGUAUUUUAA